AAACUAGAUCUGGUUUUUUGCUGUUUUUCUGACCUUCACAGCGUUAGAAUCGUGUUUGUUUGCUUCGGUGUUUCGUUAUUUGAAUGCUGCACUUUGUGGGUACCUUCAAGGCCGUGCGUUUUGCUGGGAGCUCGUGUCCCGAUCGUUCUGACAUUAACAGAGAUUUCAUUAAAGCGAGUUUCAGAGGAGCAUCGAGGUAGCAGCAAUGGCAGAUGGGAUUCCUGGUUUGGCUCUGUUGGGUUCAGGCAUAUUUGCCUCAAGCCAGUAUAUCCCUAAACUAGGAGAAUUGGGUGGAAUUGUCUCCUUGAAUACUAUUUGGAGUCGAUCGGAGGAUGGAGCAAAGAAGGCCUUACAGUUGGCCAAAUCAUAUGCACCCAACGCAGAGGCAAAGUGGGGUCAAGAAGGUCUGGAGUCCAUACUUCAAGACAAAUCAAUUCAUGCUGUCGCCGUAGUUCUCCCUGCCCAACACCAGCUGGAAAUUGUUCUGCGAGCAUUGGAGGCAGGGAAACACGUAAUACAAGAGAAGCCUGUCGGUCCAAGUGUUGCGGAUGUGCGUUCGGCUUGGUCAGCAUAUCAAGCUCUUGCGAAAAACGAUACGAAGCUACCUAUCUGGGCUGUAGCAGAAAACUACCGUUUCGAACCUGCCUUGAUCCAGGCUGGAAAGUUUGUGAAGGAACUAGGUCAAAUUAUGGGUGUUCAAGUGCUGAUAGAAGCACCAAUGAACAGCUCUAGCCCCUACUUUUCAAGUUCUUGGCGCCGUGAAGCAAAUUUUAAGGGUGGAUUUAUGCUCGAUGGAGGCGUACAUUUUAUUGCUGGAUUGCGAAUGAUCAUGGGCUGUGAGGUUGAUUCUGUGUCAGCCACUGUGUCACAUGUUGACCUAACUCUACCGCCUCCAGAUAAUUUGUCGGCUUUGAUACAAUUACAAAAUGGAACUGCUGGAGUUGUGUAUAUAUGUUAUUCUGCAAAAUCAAGAAAGAUGAUUUGGAGAGUGGUGGGUUCACUCGGUACAGUGGAGGUGGAUCGCACAGUGCAGAAUGGACAGCAUGGUUACAAGACUACCUACCAGCCUGCAAAGGGGGAGAUCCAGGAGGUGUUUUGUCCUUUUGCUGGUGUGUAUGAGGAGCUACGAGCCUUCUCCGAGGAUGUGGCAAGAUGUGUAUUUCAGGGACAGUCAGGAGAGGAAGCUGACAAGCGGAGCUCAGUUUUGGAAGCCAUGCGCGAUGUGGCUGUAAUUGAGGCCAUGUUUCACUCAAGUGACUCAAAAGGAGCUCCUAGUGUUGUUGAACUUGAGCUUGAAUGACUUGUUAUUUUUGAGAGAAUGAUUCUUAUUUGGGUGGAAUAAUUUCGAUACCCACCUGCCCCCCGCCUGGAGUAUAUCUUCUCACUAACAUCCAGAAACACUUCACUUAAGACAUGUACCUUUCAUUUAAUGAGGUGUGUUGGUUGUAGCUGUUUGAUUGUCCGCCAUAUAUAUAUAUAUAUAUAUAUAUACACUUAUCUGUGUGAUAUGUAGAACAGUGUCAAGCCAAACUUUUAAAAUGGCAUUUCGCAUGCUUCUAAUGGUUGACUUUUUUGAUGUUUUUGAAUGCACAGAGAUUUAAUUUUAUGCCUCUGCGUAAUCUUCCUGCUCUCAUCUCUUUACCUUUUAGGGUGAUGUCUAGUUUUUAGAGGUAUAGUAAACGCUCAAUGAUGUAAUAAAAUUUAUGGAGCAAAUUAUAACUUGAUUU